CGAUUCGUUCACAAACUGGGAAACGCUACUCCAGGCUGCUUCAAUGGGGCUCUGAAACUACGAGCAGUCAAUUAGACAUGUAUUGAUAAUAUCUUGCGGUAUUUACCGAAAAGCGGUUUGCUGUUCACUGACAAUAACUGACUGCUCUCAAUAAGCCUUCAAAAUGAUGCGCUUUAUGCUUCUGUUCAGCCGGCAGGGGAAGCUGCGGCUCCAGAAAUGGUACACGGCUACAGCUGAGCGUGACAAGAAAAAGAUGGUCCGAGAGCUCAUGCAGGUGGUGCUGGCCAGAAAACCCAAAAUGUGCAGCUUCCUGGAAUGGAGAGAUCUAAAGAUAGUCUACAAGAGGUAUGCCAGUCUAUAUUUCUGCUGUGCGGUGGAGGAGCAGGACAAUGAGCUGAUUACUCUGGAGGUCAUCCAUCGCUUUGUGGAGCUGCUGGAUAAGUACUUUGGCAGUGUUUGUGAGCUUGACAUUAUUUUUAACUUUGAGAAAGCUUACUUUAUCCUGGACGAGUUUCUUAUGGGGGGAGAAAUUCAGGACACAUCCAAGAAGAGCGUGCUGAAGGCCAUCGAGCAAGCCGACCUUCUACAAGAGGAGGAUGAGUCACCCAGGAGCGUCCUAGAGGAGAUGGGGCUGGCCUAGUACUAGUUUCCAAUGCAGUCAAGACAAGAAUUUAAUAUAGGUACUUU